AUGAGUACUCAAGUAGCAACAACAACAGCUACCACGCCGGUAUCAACAGCAGCGUCAAUUCCAAACGGCCGAAAUGCAGUCGUCACCGCAAAUGGAGCUACACAGCAGCAGCAGCAGCAACAACCACAACAACAAAAGGGUAAAUCUGGUAAACGAAUAGAGUUGGAAAGGCUAAUACGGGAGUUUCAAAGUAAGUUGGGACCCAACUGGGAGAAAUAUCAUGAAACAUUAAGUCUAUUUCUUAUCGGUAAGCUUUCGCGACCAGAACUAGUGUCUUCAAUUACGCCGCUUUUAAAACCACAAAAUUUGUUUCGAUAUCAUAAUAAAUUGUUGAUGUUAAACUUUGCCAAUUCUUUAAAAGACGGGCCAUUAGAUUUCCCUAACGAGUUGGCCUCGUUUUGGAACAAAAAGUUUUCCAAGGUGAACAAGAAUGUACGAAGUACGCAGUAUGAAAAGUUUAAACAAAACAUAAUGGGGCUUCCUAUUAGGGAGAGAAGACGGAUCAAGAAUAUUACAAGAGAUAGUGGGAAACGAAAUAAACUCACGGCCGGUAUCACUUUGACUCGUCAUACUUUGUUGCCAAAGAUACCCAUGAUUCAAGAUAAAGAACAGCAACAAUUGCAAGUAAAUAACUUGGUCCAGUGGCAACAAGACGUAUUGAAUGGUAUAAAUGCCCCAAUAGCUACUGAAAGUUAUGAGAUUCCCGAUGCCGAUACCCUUUCAAAGCAAAUCUUAAUGACAAUGCGAGAGCACGGAUUGACAGGGGGAUUGAACUCUGGGGUUAUUGAAGUAUUACUCCUAGGCUUGAAAUCACAUUUGAAAAAUAUCGUAGAAAGUGCUAUCGAUGUAGCAAAGUACAGGAAGAACAAGUAUACCAACAACGAUUACGUGCCACUCGAUAACGACGCUGACGGCAUCAACAUUGGAUCCAGCUCAAAACCAGCGCCUGCAUUUCCAGAUACCACGCAUAAUAAAGACAUGGUAUUAUCGGUGGAGGAUUUAUACGAUACAUUUGAGAUGUUUCCUCAUAUCAUUGAACCGUGUGGACCUAAAUUGAGAUUGGGUAACGUUAUGCUUGAAAAUGAUGAUUAUCAAGGCAAAAGCUUCAAUUAUAAUUUACCACCAAAACCGGCAUCUUAUUUGGAAGAUAGGAAAAAGUUUAGUCAGCCUUUGACAACUGCACCCACUACAGUUUCCGGUAAUAAUUCGUCUAAUAUAGGAGCAAAUAUAUCUACUCCCACACCAUCAUCAUCUGCAGGUGCAGGAGGUGCAACUGCUACUGAUCCAACUACAGCAACUAGCCAAGCUAGCUCCAAUGACGGCAAAACAGCUGAAUCUAAUGAACUUGAAGUUCAUAAACCACUACUACAACAACAGCAACCACAGCAAGCAUUACCACGACCAGACGCCCAUAUUGGUACCACUGAUGAGUUGAAAUGGGUCUUGCAUGAUUUGGUCUCUACUAUGUAG